CCGCUACUGUCCGUGUUCCGGCGUUCGCUGUCCGCCGUACAACAUCAUAAUAAUUAUUGUGAUAUUAUUAUUUCAUAUACGAUCGCCGAUUGUUGUAAAAUCGAAUAUUCGAAUAUCGUCGCAAGUGGAUAAUAUUAUUGUUUUAAUUAUAAUUAUAAUUUUCGAAGAUUUUUUGUUUGUUUGUUUGUUUUUUUUUUUUUUUUUACGAGUUUACGUUUUUCCGCGGUAGUGUUUCGCCGACUGUUGUACGUACAUUUUUCGUUUCGAUUCCGGUAAACCGCCGUUACAACGGUAACGAUCAUAUUUCUCGGAGCGCCGUCCGGUACACGGCACUGACGAGCAGCACACACGGCGCUUUCGCGUUUUAUAUGACCGGACCGCGCGGGUCGUUUUGCCGGCGGUAAACCGCGCGCGUUGAAUGCGCUUUGCGAACGGUUCGUGCGGACACUGCACAUGCUAGAACCGACCGGAGCAGCCAAUAUGACAGUGUUAGCGCUCAACCAUCUGUUGCCGCCGCCACCGUCCACGCCGUCCGCCAACAAUAACAGCAAUAACAGCAACAACAACAACAACAACAACAACGGGAGCCAGCCGCAACAACUUCAGCAAAGGGGGGCGGCCGCCGGACCGGACAUCGCCGGAGACGAACUCAUGCAACACCAUCACAGCAACAAGUCCAUGCGGAUGACGACGAUGACGUCGCCCGCGACCGCUACCAAUCUGGUGAUGGGCGGCGGGGGCCCGCCGGACAUACAUCAUCACCGUCACCAUCUCAUAAACAACAACAACAACAACGACGACACGACGGCCAGCAGCCCGUCGUCCGCGGUGAUGGCCGCGGCCCGGCCGUCCGGGCACAUCAAGUUCAGCGUGGCCGCCCUGUUGGCCGACACCAGGCCGGUACGGUCGCCCACGCCCGGGUCCGUGUACGACGACGACAUGGACACGCCGGACGACGACGACGACGACCGCAAUAGCGUAGACGUCGAGACGACGGACGGCGACGGCGGCGGCAUCAUGAGCGGCGGACGGCGGUGUUCGUCCGGCACUCCGGACCGCGGCCGCUCGCCCAUGCCGCUGCACGCGUCGCCGCCGCCGCUGUCGCACCACCAGCACCAUCCGUUCCAACAGCCCGGCGGCGCCAUGGCCGCGCGCGCCGCGUUCAUGAUGUCCGGCGGAGGUGCCGUGGGAGCCGGGGCCGCGGCACACCAUCACCACCAGCACCAUCCCGUCGCGCCCGUCCGGCCGACGCCGUUCACCGCGUUCGCCGCGGCCGCGGCCGCCGCCUACUCGGCCGCCGGCAUGCAACACCCCGGCGCACCCGGGGCCUGGCACCCGGCUCAUUACGCGGGCGCGUUUCCCGCCUUCGGUUCGGCCGGUCUCAACUCCGGUUCGCCUGGUAAGUUUUCGCGCGAACUUUUCGCCGUCCCCGCAUGCGAUAGAAUAAAAGCGUUCCGAUCCGACGGGUUCGGUAAAACAAUAUUGGGAAAAAAAAAAAAUUUACCGUCGUUACCGUCUCCGCGAACCCACGUAAAUAACACAACAACAACAACAAUAAAUAACAAUAAUCAUAACGAUUCCGAUGCAGUUUUUUUAAUAACAACAUAAUUCCGUUUACAAACCGACCGGCCAUUGUAAUAAAAACCAUCGGUACGCCGUUGUAGGGCAUUAUAUUAUUGUUGUAUUAUCGCGGGUACGGCGGUAAUUAUUGUAUCGUAAUUAUUGUUGCCGAUUAAUCUAUAUGCGCGCUGCGCCGCACCAUCAUUAUCGCCGCGCGCGGUACAAUACGAUAUUGUAUUAUUAUUACAACCAUUAUCGUUAUUAACAAACAAUUAUUGUAUUAUAAUUUAUAAUUAAUAAUUAGUCGAUAAUAUUAUAUUAUUACGUACCCGCCCGUACGUACGCGCGCGUAGAAUAAUUGCCGCGAUAACGUCUCGCUGCGCGCGUAACGUACGCGGUCGUACGUGCGCCGCGCGGCCGCGCGAAUGAUCGCAAUUAGAAAAGCGCAGCGCGUCGAGGACGGCCGCGCGGACAACGCGUUAGGUGUACACCCCCCCCCCCUAGGCAGGUGAGGUUUUUUUUCACUGUUUCGGAUUUCGUUUUCGAUUUUUUCCGACGUUCGCGCGCGGUCGCGAUCGAGCCGCCCAAUGUGCGACCGCGCACCCGUGUUGUAAUGUCGUUUUGUGUCGUUGCCGUCUCGUCCGGCGGAAAGAAAAACAAAGGCGUGAGUGACGUGUGCGAGGGGGAGGGGAUGAGAGGGGAGGUAAACGCUCUACCGUUUUUUGUAUUUUUCUGCGUUUCCGAUUGUAUUUUCGCGUGUUUUAACCCGGGCAAAUGGAUACGCCCGGCGUCGUCGAUUAACUGUACACCGGAGUCCGGGCAAAAAUUUCGAGACAUCCCGAUAAUCGUUAUGGUUCGCAGUCAUCCGGACCGUGAAAUCGCGCGGCGGCGAGACCGUGUUUUCGCAUAAUAUUUUCGAUCCGGUUCCCGGCACUUUAUUAGUCGUCCGCGGGGUCACGUGCGUGCGGUCCCAACCGGCGUCGUUAAAGUUCCUUUUGAAAAAAAAAAAGAAAAGAUUUCGUCCCCGUUCCCGUGCUCGGUUCCUUAAAACCGGAAGUCGUUCUUGUAGCGCUUACCGAUAAACACUGUCACUGACGAUCUUGCUUCGGAAGUUAUUCAAAUGUACACAAUCAAUUCGACACUGGCCGUUUUCGUUUGUUACUCGUGCAGACGCUUGGUUUUCGUGAAAACAAAUAAGGGUAGUGUGAGCCGAUCGUGUCACAAUGCGAAUCGGAAACCGUUCUUACUUGAGAUCCUGAUAAAUUCAAUUCGUCUUAUUUCCUUGUUGAAAACAACAGAAUAACAAUAUUUUCGUUCCUUUUCCUAAAAACAAUGAACUGAUUCGCGUUUCUAUUCUUUCAAAAUAUAAUGGAAUCAAUUUCUUUCGUUUGUUCCUCUAAAAAGGAAGCAAUUCCGGGAAUCGUUCCUUUAUCCCCUUACCGCUUUUGCUUUUUUCGACGAUUUAAGCGCUUUUUCGCUAAAAAACCAAUCAAAUACGACCUACCGUGUUAUUAAAUUCGCGUAUUACCGGAAAAAAAAAGCGAGAAAUUAUACCCGUACGGUUUUUUUUUAUCUCAUCGCGUUUCGUAAGAAAAUCGUUCGACGUGUUUGUAUACCCGGGUUUUGUCUCGAUAUUUUCAUAAUUUCUAAGUGAGGUACGGCGAUUUUUAAACCGUAAUGUUUCGCGAGCUCGAUAAUGUGCGAAAAUAUCGCCGAAAAACCGCAGCGCACAAUGUUAUCGCGUCUUCAAGUCUGAUAAGAAACCGACUCGUUCCGCUAUAUUUCAGAACCGACGUCGGCGCAAAAUCGUCGAAUCUACCGCAUUCAGCAGUGUUGGGAAAGUUCUUUUUAAAAAAGAAUUCGUUCUCGUUCCUCGUUCCUUAAAGCAUUUUAUUUUUUAUUUUUUUUUAAAUGGAUGCGUAUAUUAUAUACUCAUAGAAAAUAUACCGGAGACGAGUGCAGGUAUACUGUUAUAGGUGGAAAGUCGGGAAGGUAGGAUAGUUAAAAUUGGAAAUUAUUCUUUUUUCUAAAAUUCUACACGUUUAAAAUCCUAAUAAAUUAAAUUAAAUUAAUUUCCUAGUUCCUAUACCCUGAUAAAAAUGAAAAAACAUAUUACAUUGAAAGUUUAAUAAAAAUUACUUGUACAUUUGACGUUUGUCAUUAUCAAAUAUGUCGUAUUAUUUUUUACCGUUUUAAACAAUUAUCACCGAGAUGUCACGGUUAUAGAUGACUAAAUUGGUAACCGACGGAGUGAUACCAACACUAAACAAUUACCAAACACUAUUAUCACUGAAAUAACGCGCUUUUCGGGUUUUUUUCCUAACAGAAUGUACCGAAAUUUGCGUCCCCGUUUCACAUGAAUACGCAACUUCCCGUUCCCCGUUCCUAUACUACUUGAAAAGGAACGCGUUCCAAGCUUCGUUCCUUUUUUGGGAGAAACGCAUCGUGCGUGACGUAAAUAAAAAAAAAUAAAUAAAAACAUAAAACGCGUCCGGCCUGAAACCCGAUGAAGAUUCGAGAGAGUAAUACGCGCGUCUCUCGGCGACACGUACGCGUUAACAAAAAAAACAAAUACCCGAUAAAAUUAAAUCAAAAUCAAAUGAGCAUUGUGUCGAUUUUUUUUUAAGAAAAGAAAACCACUCGCAUUGUACUCGUUUUUGGUUACAAUUAUGUGCGAAUAUCACGCGUCUCGCGUUUUUCAGUAAAAUUCCGCGACCCAAACCCGAACGACGAGUCGAAAACGGUAAAACGGUUUUUUUUUUUUCGAUUGAUCGACACGCAUGUCGACACUUUCCACCGCCAACCGAUCGCGCCGAAAAACGGGCGCGAAAUGUUCUUUUUUUUUUUUUUUUUUGGAUAGAAAAUCAACGUGUAUAAACCGGACGGACGGGGGUAAAUUACAGACGAAAAUCGGUUUGCGAAUAAUCGGUAGUCGCGGAGAUAUCCGGUAAUCUCGCGGGGAAUCUUCCGUAUAGUUACGAUCACGGUAAUCGCGGCGUUCCGGAAUCUUGCGUUGUACAGCGUGUACGCAUUUUCGAUCGGCGAUUUACCCUCUGUAUUAUUGUUUAACCGCGUGUACAAUAAUCCUCGGACUCGACACGGCCGAAUAGUCCGGAGUGUAAAUCACCGUGAACGGAAAUCAGCGCAUACAAAAUGUUUGGCCAUCGUUGAAAGACUUUGGCAAUCGUACAGGAAACCGUAUAGAGAAUCUUGGUCAUCAUUCUGGUAUUCCGGAAUCCGGUGUACACGGUACGGUCGACCGGCGAUUUACCAUCCGGUGUAAAAAUCGGUCCGAAAACGACAAAAAGAAACGUGCGGUUUUAUUAUUAUUGUCAUUUAUAGUGUGUAAACCGCUACGAAAUCGCAAAUGCUGUGCCCCGCGAACGAUUAAAACGCGCACUCGCCAUCUAUGUACGUUAGUGUUACGAACGGGACCGCUAGUUUCCCGCAGAUUCAAAGGAAACCGUUUUUUUCCCCCCUUACAUAUUUACAGUGUAAUCCCGGAAAGUAUUUACUUUUUCGGGAUUUUUUCGUAAAACGUGUAAAACAAUAUAGUAGGUGCAUAGCUGCAGAGAAACGUUUACACGAUCGUUAUUUUUCGGGAUGAAACCGCUACUAGCUUUAAAUGGCCGCCUACGUUUCGAAAAUAUCCCAUAAAUAGAUGACGUUUUAGUUGAAACAAAUCGCCGCGGCUAAAUUGCAUACCGGCUGCGCAAUAGUUUCGAAAAAAACAGAAAUCAAGAAAUGUCGAUUUAUACCCCGUCGCCCGGCGAGGUCGCGUGUAAAUCGUUUGUCGUCCGCUACAACCGAAUGACUUUUUUCUCGCGAAUGAAAAAAAAAAAAAAAACCCAAAUUUUCGUUUCGGCAAUACACCUGAAAACCCCGUCAGCGCAGCAGUAGAGUUUCUUAUGGCCGCGGCAAAAUAUUGUGUAAGGUCCUAAAGGCCGAACCGGAUAAACAAAAAAAAAAAGAAAAAAGAGGGAUUAUUCGAAGAGACCCUCACCUGUCCAAUAACGCCCCGGUCUGGACCGCUGCCAGGGCUCCCAUCUGUUGUGGACCAGUGGCGUUUGCUCACCUCGUCCGUCCCGGUAUUUACGCCACUGUAGCGCAGCGAUUUCUCUGUACGUUGUUUGUCCGGACGGACGGUAAAAAAUGUUCGGACCUUUUAUUGUUUCCGUUUCACCCGGUCGUUCGGGCGCGAGCGUUUGGUUUUAAAAGCGGACGGUACGCGAAUGCGCAUUUGUCGUUGCCGUCUUACGAACGGUACGAGACGCAGUAGAAAAACGCCGCUUACGCAGACUGCACGGAGUCCGUUUGGUUUUGGUUUUCGGGGUAAAAGCGCCGCCCAUUGUGAAAUCGUCGAAAAAGUCGUUUUACUCGUGAACGGUAAAUUGCCGGUUGUAUUCGGAGAUGAAAAAAAACCGGACGAGAACGCAACGUCAGCGACCUCCGGAAUGUCGUACUCUUUCGAUUCAGACGCAAUCGAGCCGAUGUUUUUUUACUCCAAAACCGAAAUCACGUGCGAUACGCGCGCGCGCAAAGCCGGAAACGACGGCGACAAAUGCGCGCGUGUAACGGCCCCCCGGAACGUCGCGGAAAUCGCUCGGUUUCUUUUGUCCGCCACGCGUUUUCGCGCGUUCCGCGAUUCCCCCCGCCGCGGAAUAAUUAUUCGAAUAUUUCAACGCGAUCCCGCGAACCCGCAAUCUCCGGACGCGCCUUUGCGUCGGCCGUCGGCGUCUCGCGGACCGUUUUCUUUUUUUUUUUAAACGGCACGGACGCAGGCGAUACGGUGCGCACGCGCGCGCGUACCCCCCCGGCGUUGUUAGGGCCGCGGGUUUUUUCCCCCCCCCCCCCCCCCCCCCCCUACCCCGGCCUUUCCGUGCACCGCCCAGUCGGUUUUAAAUGCGUUUAAAUCCCAUCCCGGCGGCGCAACGUCAUCAUCGCGAUUCUCUCCGAACUGCGACCGCGGUUCCGUUGAAUUCGCUCAAUGCGCACGGCCGUCUCGGCCGUAGCCGACACCCGACAAUCGCGCAGAUAAGAUUAGACCGCACGGUUGCCGGCGGCGGGCCAUAAAAUCGAGGCGUAACGAUAUCGUAUUUUUAUUCCGAUAAUCCCAAGUCCGGCAGACGGUACCAACGCAACAACACGCGGAUAUUAUUCGCGAAAUGCGAUUGUUCGACCGUUGCACGUCCGCGUUCCUCGGUCACUCCGCGCACUGUCCGGUUGUCGGCGCGAUUUUCGAUAAAUUUUUGUGCGGCGGUUUUUCGCAAAGUGUUUUUUCCACGACGCGAUGUCCGUGCUGUAGUCACGUGUCGCGGUGCAAUAUGUGUUGUAUAUGCGAACGGCGUCGCAACAACGACAGUCGUAUUAUUAUUAUUGCCGUUCCGGUAAAAAUUCGGUCCGACGAUGUUAUUGACGGUAAUUUGUAACGGCGGGUUUACUUCGCCGGGCGUUCUCGCAAAAAAACCAAAAAAUUUGCGUAUUUUUCUCGAUUUUCGCACGGCGUCCGUUACUCUAUCGGGUCGGCGCGGCGUUCGGAUUUCAUAAUAACGGCGACACGCGCGCACACGCCCUGUGUGUACGUACGGGUCGCCGCGUUGUGUGGUGUGCGAGAAAAACAAAAACCUCCGGAUUCGAAUCCGUCGUUCCGCGUUCUGCGAGACGGGUCGGACGGCGUGUGAUUACGUCGUAACGUCACGGUGUUUCGGCGUUCGGUCCGCGCGGCGAUCGACCGGCGGUGCGACGACGCGAAAACGAUUCUGAGCGCGCCGCGUGACAACGCGUAAUAUUCAUCGGCCGCCCGGCCGGGGUAGUCCGGAAACCGACAGAUGUCCGCGCUCCCGAUCGCCGGGCGUUCGCGUUUGUUUUGGGAAAAAUUUCCCGGAAAAUGUUUUCGACCGUGGGCGAGAUUUCCGGGGUAAAAAAAAAAAAAAAAGCCGCGUAUAUACCGUCCCGGUGGUGGGGAGGAGGGUGGAGGAAACGUUAAAACCGGAUACGUCUCUCGAUACGCGCUCGGAAUAUCCGAAUGUAAUACAAAAGUUAUGGGAAAAAACUAUACGAAAUCGCCACUUUUAUUACGACGAGUUUUUUAAUUUUUUUUUUCUUCCCCGGUGUGUGUUUUUUUUUAAUAACAAUAUUACGCAAACGAUAUUAUUCCAUUGUCUGGCCGGCGCGGCGGCUAGCGCGCGUGUUUGCGUUUAUUCGCGACCGUCUGCGGUAUUCCGCGCUCGCACAUUCCGCCGGCGCAUCCGACUCUAAUUGGGCGACUUUUUUCUAUUUUUUUUUUUUUCUCCUUUUGCUUUCCGCAGUCUAAACUGUGCAUAGCGUACAGUCUCUCCCUCUCACUCUCUCUCCCACUCCCACUCCCUCUCACUGUGCGUCUCUCUCGCGUGUCUCGGGCGGCGUCGGCCGUUUUAUUAUAUUAUUUUUAGCGGCGUCUAAUUAUUGCUCCGGGGUCUCGGGUCGGGUCGCGCGCGUUUGCGUUGAAACCGUCGCGCAAAACGUGUUAAUCGGCUUCGCGGCCGAACGAGAGGGGCGGAUACGUGCCAAGAAAAGACGGGUGGGGAGGCGAAAAGAAAAAAAAAAUGCCAACUACGGCGAGGCCUAUAAAAUCGCGGACAAUAAAAUAUACUCGCGCGCAUUUUUUGGCUUCGGUUUGCCGCGGUUCUUUUUUUCUUCUUUUUUUUUUUUCCUAAUCGUCGUUUAUCGCGAGCGCUCCGUACGCACGCCCCGACGAGUAAAAUUGUAUUUUUAGACCCCGGACGAGACGCGCUCGUCGCGCCGCCGCCGCCGCCGCCGUGUAAAUUUAUUAUAAAUGUAAUAAUGUUGUCGUUUCGGCACCGCUCGGGAUUCGACAACCGAAGGAUCCGGAAUGCCUUCUCCUUGUUUCGCGCUCCUGUCGCCCGCCGCGUCGGUGGCGCGAGCCGCGCAACGGUACAAGUUCGAGUUGAACGUUAUUCUCGGGCUGUACGACGCACGUCGUCUGACGCGUCGCGAUUUUCGAUUCCGAACGCGGCCGGGAACGGGACCGUUUUAAUGAACGGGUUUCCGCACCCGUUUACCGUAAUAUUGCGGAUGUUGGACGCCACUGCGGUAAAAACCACGUCCCGGGCGCCCCUGCCGCCCCUGAAUUGCGCGCUCGACUGUCGCGGCACACUGGUGCUAACCACCCGUAUAACUUGACAAAUAUAAUAUUUGAACGGACGCAAUGCUAACGGUAGUGUUUUUUUUUUUUCCCGUUUAGAUUCCAACAACGGCGAACCGCCAAAACUCAAGUGCAACCUGAGAAAGCACAAGCCGAACCGGAAACCCCGGACGCCGUUCACCACGCAACAGCUGUUGAACCUGGAGAAAAAAUUCCGGGAAAAACAGUAUCUGAGCAUCGCGGAACGCGCCGAGUUUUCCAAUUCGCUGCACCUAACCGAGACACAGGUAAGCGGCGUUCGUUAUUUUUGUGGUCAUAAUUAUCGCGGUACGGCGCGUCCGGCGUGUUAGGAUAUUGCGAAAACGCAAAAAAAAAAAAAAAAUACAUAAAUAUUGUGGUUCGGCGAUUACAAAACCAGUGGCGUCCAGCGGCGUAGCGGACCGCGGUUUUCGGCGAAUUCCCCGGAGGAUCGGGACGGACGUUUCGCCGAACGUAUUUGGCGUACAGCUAUUAUAACGACGGCUACUAUCGGGGUGGACGGUAGCUGUGGACGAACGAUUUGAUUCUACACCCAUUAUUACCGUUCGCGGCGCCACCGGUACAACUUAAAACAAUCUUACUAAUUUGCCUCGGUUUCACCGCAGACUUUUGAUUGCACCGUUUUACGAGCGGCCGUUUCGGAUUUCGAACUUGGGAGGUUUUGGAGGGUUUAAAUCGGGCUUGCGAAACCGAUGGUGAUUUGGAAAAUUUGCUCCGGAUAUCGGACAGAAACCGCACCGACGCCACUGUUUUUUUUUUUUUUUAAUCGACACGCGCGCACGUGUAUUUCGUAAAUGCUCCGCAUCAGAAAAAUUAAUCAUACGCGCCCGCCGGUGAUGAUGCCGUUUUGUAAAACGUUGGACGUGUUUGUCGUGUUACAGGUGAAAAUAUGGUUCCAAAACCGGAGGGCCAAAGCCAAGCGGCUCCAAGAGGCCGAGAUCGAGAAGCUGAAGAUGGCCGCCGUGGCCGCGGCCCGGCCGCAUCACCCGCUUUACGGCAACCCGCACCUGCCGCACUAUUUCCAACACCCGUCCGAGCUGUUCGGUCACCCGCACCAACUGCAGUCGCUCCUGUCGCACCGGCCCACCAUGGCCCACCUCAUAGCCCAAGGUCUGCAGCAGCAGCAGCAGCAGCAGCAGCAACAGCAACAACAGCAGCAGCAGCAGCAACAGUCCGGCACGCCGACGCACCAGCCGGCCGGCGGACAGUUGCAGUCGUCCCUGUCCCGCACGUCGCUGUCGCCGGGCGGCGGCCGGCGGUCCGUCACCCCGGCGUCGCCGUCCCCGUCGAUGGGCGGCGGCGGCCCGGGGUCCACCACGAGCGUCUAGUGACGCUGCGUCCGAUACGCACGCGCGUCGCCGGCGAUUAA